AUGCCUAUCAUUUCUACCUUCACGCUGCCGGACUCGAUCGAGUCCCUACUGCAAUUCGAUGAUUCCGACUCGCCCUUUUUCAUAACCUUUACGACCUCGAACCUACCAGAGACGGGGGAGUCAUGGUGCCCCGACGUCAGAGCCGCCCUGCCGCUCAUCCAUGCCGCCUUUGAAGGAGACAACGCCCCCAGGAUGGCAUUCGUUGAGGUUGGCCAGAGACCCGAGUGGAAGGUCCCAACCAACGUCUACCGGACGAAGUGGGACGUCCAUAACGUCCCUACUAUUGUCCGGUACCAGCGUGUGAAUGGUCAGAUCAAGGAGACAGGCCGAUUGGUUGAGGGGGACAUUCUGGACAACCAAAGACUGCAGUCACUUCUCAAUCAAUAG